CCAGUGUGCAUGCCGCCACCCAAGCCCACAUACGCCGGCAAGACAGCCACUGUCACAGGUUGGGGAACCACCAGCUCCGGAGGCUCGUCUUCAGACACUCUGAGGGAAGUCGACGUCACGGUGCUAUCCAACACCGCGUGUCAGUCCGGCAAUUACGGAAGCGCCAUUCAAGAUACCAUGUUGUGCGCCGGAAGUGCAGGCAAGGACUCGUGCCAGGGAGAUUCUGGCGGCCCUCUGGUGUUCAAGGACGGAGGCGGAAACUACGACCAGAUCGGCGUGGUGAGCUGGGGCGUUGGGUGCGGAGCUCGAGGCUACCCCGGCGUGUACACCCGCGUCAACAGCUACCUCGACUGGAUCAAGACCAACACAGCCGAUGGCGUUUACUGUGCAAAAGCACACAUCUGUGCAUUAGGUUAUGUGUUGACUGUGAAAAGACCUGUCGGUAUAUAUAAGAUCGCGUUGCUGGAACAGGAAGCAGUAGCGAACAUGGCAGCCCGAAGAGUCCUGAGCGUCCUGACGGUGGCGAUGAUGGGGGUUGUCUCCCAAGCAGCGCCUCCCCACUUCAACGGCUCGCUGCCCUUCGUCAUCGAGCCUCGCGUGAACUUCGACGACACGUGUAGGUGUGGGCAGAAGGCCGCGUCCAGGAUCGUGGGCGGGACGACCACGGGCGUGAACGAGUGGCCGUGGCAAGCGGCGCUGAUGUACGGUUCGCAGCAGUUCUGCGGCGGAUCCCUGAUCAACGACCGAUACGUCCUGACCGCCGCCCAUUGCACCGAGAGCAUGAGAGCGUCUGACCUGACCAUCCGUCUGGCCGAACACAGGCUGAGCACUUCCUCAGAGACCAGUGUUGUGAGCAGGUCUGUGUCUCAGAUCAUCGAGCAUCCAAACUACCAGCCGGGUAACGAGAUUAACGACAUCGCUCUCGUUAAACUGUCAUCGCCAGUCAAGGUGAGCGAUACAGUGUUGCCAGUGUGCAUGCCGCCACCCAAGCCCACAUACGCCGGCAAGACAGCCACUGUCACAGGUUGGGGAACCACCAGCUCCGGAGGCUCGUCUUCAGACACUCUGAGGGAAGUCGACGUCACGGUGCUGUCGAACACCGCGUGUCAGUCCGGCAGUUACGGAAGCGCCAUUCAAGACACCAUGUUGUGCGCCGGAAGUACAGGCAAGGACUCGUGCCAGGGAGAUUCGGGCGGCCCUCUGGUGUUCAAGGACGGAGGCGGAAACUACGACCAGAUCGGCGUGGUGAGCUGGGGCGUUGGGUGCGGAGCUCGAGGCUACCCCGGCGUGUACACCCGCGUCAACAGCUACCUCGACUGGAUCAAGACCAACACAGCCGAUGGCGUUUACUGCAAAGGAAUGCUUCUCUAG